AUGCAUGUUCCACGAUCGAUGCAUGAAUCGCUUUUUAUAGACCAAACACAUGAAGUCCUUCGACUCAAUGGGAUGAAAGGUAAUAAUCCCCUGGUCGAAGUUAGGACCCACGAUGGCAGUAUCAGACAUGGAGACUGUCGCUGGGUGGAUUUUGCACACAUGUCACGAGCAUGGGAGGUAUACCAGAGAGAUGACGGAGAGACUUUCAACCCAAGUAUCAAAUCGAUGAUCUUCCUCUGCCACAAGGCUGGUAAACAGACACAUAAGCGUUGGCGUGGUCGAAUGGUUGUGGCGAACACAGACGCCGUAGACCGUAUCGAAAGCUACCAGGGAGUUAUUUACGGCACUGCGACAGGUGGUAGGCAUAUGGUCUUAGCUACUGCUUGGGUUCGAAGAAAAAGGGAGCAAGUUAUCUUCCCGAGUGUUAAAAUGGUCCUAGUCUGCUGCCUGUGA